AGAACUAGGUCAAGGAAAAAACCCAUUUCCACGGUUCUUCUUUUGAACAUCGCCAUUCUUUGAAGAUAUUUUUAAGGGCCUUAAUAAGAAGUCCUUUCGAGUUUCGACUGCUAAGGUGGUUUCAGAUUCGUGAGGAAUGUCCGGUUUUGAUAAUUCCCGUGAUGGUAAUGGCGAAACUUACAAAGUAGAGCAAGAUCAUGGAGGAGGAGGCUCUUCUCCUCACGAUUUGGUUGAAGAUCGAGAUUCUCGUCACAAGCAUAGUUCCCGUGGAUCAGAUCGUGAUGGGUCAAGAAAUAGAGGAAGGGGCCAACAUAGGGAAAACGACUAUGGUGGUUAUAAUAGGGAUUACAAGAGCAGGAGUAUGAGGGAUGAUAGAAGAGGGAGGAAGGAAAGAGGAGGAAGAAAUGAAAAUAAUGGUUUCGAUCGCCUUAGGAACUGUGAUUAUGACAGGCGUGGCUCUGAUAAAGACGGGGAUAGGAAGUCUAGACGUAGAUCACGCUCUCGCUCAAAGGAUACAUCUAGGGAUAGAUCUAGAUCACCUUCCGGUUCUCGUUCGAGAAGCAAAAGGACAAGCGGUUUUGAUAUGGCACCGCCAAGUACCGUUGUUCCUGGUCAAUUGCCUGGGGGUCCUCCAAUAAAUCCAGAAAUGUUUUCAAGCAUGUUUCCUUUUGGCAGCACACCGUUUGGAGCUCUUCAACUAAUGCCUGCGCAAUCCAUGACUCAGCAGGCUACAAGGCAUGCUCGCCGUGUAUAUGUUGGUGGCCUUCCUCCCCUGGCAAAUGAGCAGACGAUUGCAACAUAUUUUGGUGGUGUUAUGGCGGCUAUUGGAGGAAAUACUGCUGGGCCAGGUGAUGCUGUAGUCAAUGUGUACAUUAAUCAAGAAAAGAAGUUCGCUUUUGUUGAGAUGAGAACUGUUGAAGAAGCAAGUAAUGCUAUGGCGUUGGACGGGAUAAUAUUUGAUGGUGUCUCUUGUAGGGUUAGGAGACCUACCGACUAUAACCCUUCACUGGCUGCAGCACUUGGGCCUAGUCAACCAAGUCCCCUUCUCAACUUGGCUGCUGUAGGUCUCACACUGGGCGCGACCAGUGGUGCAGAGGGACCAGACCGUGUCUUUGUAGGUGGAUUGCCAUACUAUUUCACAGAUGCGCAAAUAAGGGAACUGCUUGAAUCUUUUGGAUCUUUGCGUGGAUUUGACCUUGUUAAGGAUAGGGACACUGGAAACUCCAAAGGUUAUGGUUUUUGUGUCUAUCAAGAUCCUGCGGUAACAGAUAUUGCUUGUGCUGCUCUUAAUGGUCUGAAAAUGGGUGAUAAGACUUUAACUGUUCGCCGUGCCACUGCCAGUAUUGGGCAAGCAAACCAGGAUAAUAUACUCCAGCAGGCACAACAGCAUGUAGCUAUGCAGAAAAUGGUCUUGCAGGCUGGUGGCUUGAGUUUCCCCGGGAUUGGUAAUACAGUAACUGGAGAAGCUCUAGAGGUUCCUACUAAGGUUGUUUGCUUGACCGAGGUGGUGACUGCAGAUGAACUGCGGGAUGAUGGUGAAUACGAAGAAAUACUAGAGGACAUGAAGGAUGAAGGCGGCAAAUUUGGUUCACUAGUGAGUAUUAUCAUUCCUCGGCCUAAUGCUAAUGCAGAGCAGACACCUGGAGUUGGAAAGGUGUUCCUAGAAUACGUGGACACCACAAGUUCUGCCAAGGCAAAGCUUGCACUUGAUGGUAGGAAGUUUGGGGGAAAUGAAGUUAAGGCUGUCUAUUACCCUGAAGAUAAAUUUUCUGUAGGGCAUUAUGAAGCUUGAACAAUGGAUCUGUUCUAUAUUUUUUUCUGUAUUUAAUUAUUUAUAUUAGUGAAACUUGUAAACCCAUACUCCAUAAACACCCAGUUAAAAGGUUUAUUUCCUGCA